AUGUAUCCAAUGGUUCAGCGAGCCCAGACUCAGGUCAGGGGAGGAGCGAGGAGCGUCAUUUUGGCCACCAAGGUACCGUCUGGGCAGAUGACUUGGAUACGAGAUGGUCCCAAGUGUUUUUUAAUGCUAAGAAUAUUACCGAGGCCAUUGUCGGCAGGAUACAUUGAUAUUGCAAGGAAGUACAGUGUUCAUCUAGUAUCUCUUGCAAUAGAUCCUGGGCGUUGGUUUUGUCGUUCUCUUUCUCCUCGGUGCGUCGACGUCUCUGGUAGUUGCCUUGCUAUGGUGGUUUCAUCACGGUGGAGGUGGCUUCCCUCACACCCCCUCCAUCAUCCGAUCUGCGAUCUCAAGCUUUACCUUCAAGAGAAGACGGCCGCUGUCCGAAGAUAUGGCUUGGGUGGCUCUUCACCUAGGAUCUAUAGCUUUGUUCCUCAUUUUCACAAUGUUAGGCCAGGUUUUUGGCAACUAGUGUUGUUGGGUACCAUCCUUUUACAGGUUUUGGCUGGUUACUCUGCGAUGGGAACUGCAAAUCCGGGUGUUGUUGGUAUCCUUCUUGACAAACCUAUAGAGACUGGCGCAGUGGAGUCUCCUGGACGCCUUCCUUAA